CGUGCGUAGCGCGGGAGGGGCGGGGCCUGUUUAAAGCCGUGUAUGUGUGUAUGUGUGUGUGUAUCGGCAGCCGGUCCAAGGAGAGGAGUGCUCGGUUCGGUUCCGCUCAGCACAGGCAGUGAUGGCGGCCAAUAUGUAUCGGGUGGGAGAUUAUGUUUUCUUUGAAAACUCCUCCAGCAACCCCUACCUGAUCCGAAGAAUUGAGGAGUUAAAUAAGACAGCCAAUGGCAAUGUGGAAGCGAAGGUGGUCUGCUUCUACCGCCGGCGGGACAUUUCUAACAGUCUGAUCCAGUUGGCAGACAAGCAUGCAAAGGACCUAGAGGAAGAACGGGAUGUCCCAACUGAGCCAGAGCUGUCAGAGAAACAAAGACACCAGCUGAAGCACCGCGAGCUAUUCCUCUCCCGCCAGUAUGAAUCUCUGCCAGCCACGCACAUUAGAGGGAAGUGCUGUGUGGCUUUGCUGAAUGAAACCGAGGAAGUGCUCUCCUACCUGGAGAAAGAGGACACCUUUUUCUACUCCCUCGUAUAUGAUCCCAACCAGAAGACACUGCUUGCAGACAAGGGUGAGAUCAGAGUUGGGCCAAGAUUCCAGGCUGAUGUUCCAGAGAUGCUGAAGGAAGGUGAGCCUGAUGACAGGGACCAGUCAAAACUGGAAGUAAAAAUGUGGAAUCCAGAUUGCCCUUUGACAGACAGACAGAUUGACCAGUUCCUGGUAGUAGCCCGAGCGGUGGGAACAUUUGCCAGAGCACUAGACUGCAGCAGUUCCGUCAGGCAACCCAGUCUUCACAUGAGUGCAGCUGCAGCCUCCAGAGAUAUCACAUUGUUUCAUGCAAUGGACACUCUGCAUCGGCACAACUAUGACCUUUCCAGUGCAAUCAGCUUCUUGGUGCCAUAUGGAGGACCAGUUCUGUGUCGGGAUGAAAUGGAGGAGUGGUCUGCCUCAGAAGCUAACCUAUUUGAGGAAGCCUUGGAAAAAUACGGCAAGGACUUCAAUGAUAUCCGACAGGACUUUCUGCCAUGGAAAUCCCUCACCAGCAUCAUAGAAUACUAUUACAUGUGGAAGACCACGGACCGAUAUGUCCAACAGAAACGUUUGAAGGCUGCAGAGGCUGAGAGCAAGCUGAAGCAAGUGUACAUCCCCACCUACAACAAGCCCAGUCCCAAUCAGAUAACAGUAAGCAACGGCAAGCCUUUGGCAGUAAACGGUGUGGCGGCAGCUGGUGGCUUUCAAACUCCAAACUGUGGUCAAGGACGACCAUGUGAAAGCUGCUUCUCAAUGCAGUCCUCUCAGUGGUACUCCUGGGGUCCUCCCAAUAUGCACUGUCGCCUUUGUGUUGCCUGCUGGGUCUACUGGAAGAAGUAUGGUGGACUAAAGAUGCCCAGUCGGGCUGAAGUCGGCGAGAAGAUGUCCUCUAGUCCUCCUGCUACGGAACCACGCUCUCGGAGCCAUGGUCCACGCCAGUCUGCCCAUUUGGUGCCUGUCAGGAAUAGCGGCAGCCCUAAAUCCUCUGUGAAGACACGGCAGGCUUUCUUCCUGCAGGCCACACGCAUCACCAAGCUAACACGCCAUGUAUGCCGGGAUGUUCUGCGGCUGCGUCAGGCAGCCCGACGGCCCUUUGUCCCGAUUAACUGUGCUGCCAUAAAGGCAGAGUAUGAGAGUAAAGUGCCUGAGGGCAGCCAGAGGGCAGCAAAGAUGAAAAGCACAGAGAGGAAGCCUCUGGCCAGCGUCCUGCAGUAUCUUGAAGCCCAUCCACCACCCAGGAGCCUGCGCUUAAUGAGGACAAUCCCCAGCCUAGGAUGCCAGCCUGCUAAGCGCCUAUUAGCUGUGCCUAAUCAUGGACCGCUCAGCAUUCUGGGGAAACGGAGUUACAGUCAUCACAGUCGGACAGACAGAGGGAUCUGCGCAUUGCCCUUACCUGCAGAAUGGCAAUCCCAGAGUGACCAUUGUCAGGUCCGAUGGUGGUCCAACGGCCAGGAAGCACCGGACAAACUGGAUUGAUGCCCCCGAUGAUGGUUUCUUCUUGGCUUCAGAGGAGACGA